AUGGCUAUACAAUCGACGCCAGAGAUCAAUGGCACGACUAGCGAACCCGCAGUCGAACCCGCAGUCGAUACCGACAGGAUAUUGAGCAUCCAGUCGCACGUCGCAUACGGAUACGUGGGCGGGAAGGCUGCUGUAUUCCCCCUCCAAUGCAUAGGCUAUGACGUUGAUGUAGUCAAUACCGUGAAUUUUUCAAAUCACACCGGUUAUGGACGCUUCGGUGGAACCAAAGCAUCUGCAGAAGAACUCACAUUGAUCUUUAAGACGAUGGAUGGGGCUGGAUUGCUGUCUCCCCGCAGACUCCUCACAGGUUAUAUACCAAAUGCCGCGGCUUUGGAAGUCGUAAAGGAACUUGCGCAAAAGCUUGAGUCACAUAACCCGCACCUUAUAUACCUCAUGGAUCCCGUACUCGGUGACUCGGGCAAGCUCUAUGUAUCACAAGAUGUAAUACCCAUAUACAAGGAGAUGUUUUCUUUUGCGACGAUCAUCACUCCUAACUGGUUUGAAGUAGAGACUCUUACCGGAGUACCACUCCGUUCCCUAAGCGCUCUCCAGAAUGCACUAUCCAUCCUGCACAAACGUGUCCCACACGUCGUCAUCUCCUCUAUACCCCUACAACCAUGGUUGUCCUUGGUCCUCCCCAAGACCAUACAACCUCCAGCCUCCAUAGACGACCAACAAGACUAUCUCCUCUGCAUCUCCUCAUCCCGCACUCUCGGAACAACCACCCAUUCCACAGUACACGCUAGACUCGUCCCACUGAUCCCAGGAUACUUUUCCGGAGUCGGCGACCUUUUCUCCGCGUUGACCCUCGGGCACUUCAACCCGUCCUCCACGCCUUCAGAUAGCAAACUUCAUUUGGCGACACAGACGCCGUUGUCAUUCGCCGUUGCUGCUGCUUUGCACAAGACAUAUUCGAUCCUUGAGUUCACCAACGCUUUUGCAGUGCGACUUCCUGCUGAAGACCGCACGGCUACUGAUGACGAGCUUGACGCAGCUGAGCCUGUGAGAAAGCUUAGACGAAUGAGGGGCAGAGAGCUUAGACUUGUGCAAGGGCAGCACAUAUUGCGGGAGGAGUGGAGGGAGGGGCAGGGCAAAGAUCUGCAAUUCUGGGAUGGUUUCUGGGACUCUUGUUAA